ACCUUUGUCGGUAUCUCGCUGAUCUUGAGAAAGCUAACCGUUUGUGUACAGACCAUUGACUUUGAUUCGAUUGCGUCCUACUUUUGGUUUCCUUCCCUCUGGGUUCAGGAUGUGCUUUUUGUGUUGCUAGUCGACGCAUCUCUUUCGAUGACGUCUACGUACAGUGUAUCCGUAUUUCUUUGGACCGCAAGCGUAACAGCUGUUGUGUGUACGAUUGGCAUUUGCACCGCGGAAGUAACCUUCUGGAUCGGUCAUGGUUUCGGUGUUCCCUGGGAUCGGGUCCCACUCGCGUGGUAUCGUUGGGAAGAAUUCCAAAGCUUGAUUUCCUCCAAGGCCGAAGAAGGUACGCUCAAGAAAUUGUGCCACUAUGAAUGCAGAAGUCGACUUCACAUUGCAAAAAGCAUAAGCCUGACCGGUACCACAGCACUGGAAGUCACAGAGGGCUUUCAAGAGUAUCACAAGUUGCUUCGCGCAGCAAAUAGCAAAGACUCCUCGGGAGAUCACAACAAGUGGUGGCGAACAGAAGUUGACACAAUGAAACAGCUUGUUCAAAGAGCCCCGUUCGAGCGUGAUUAUAUGGAUGAGCCAAUCAACGUUGUUCUGGUAUUUUUGGAAUCUGUUCGGGCAGAUAUGAUGCCGUUUGAUGGCUCUACACCAUGGGCGAGGCGAUUUGUGCCAAAUGUCACCAUCCAUGACAAGAUAACACCAUUUUACAAUCAAUGGGUCAGAGACUCCAAUUCAACUCUAUACAUUCCUCAUAUGAAAUCGGCUUCUGGUUUUACUCAUAAAAGCCUCGCAAGUACGCUUUGCUCUUUGCACGCCUUGCCCCUCCCCGGCACCGUUGAGCAUGCACAAAAUCUUUAUCAUCCCUGUCUUCCGCAGAUACUUGACCGACUAGGGUAUGAGAGUCAGUUUUUCAAAUCCUUGACCGAAACCUUUGACCACCAAAACGACCUUAUGCGAAACAUUGGAUACCCCAGAAUGUAUGGGCGAGAGAGCUAUGAUCUUGCCCACAAUGUAUCUGCAAUUUUCCAACGGGACCACAAAGCCAACUACUUUGGAUACGAAGACAUCGUGUUGCUGGAAACUCUCACAGAAUGGGUUGAAAACCAGACUAGGCCCUUUUUCCUUUCGUACCUGAGUGGUAUCACCCAUGAUCCAUACGAAAUUCCACCUCGUGGAGGGGGUUGGAAAGCUCAAUCAUUCAGUCCGGAUUAUAAGGCAAACGGCUAUCUGAACGAAGUGUCCUAUCUUGACACGUGGCUAGAACUCUUGGUCAAAUCAUUUGAGGAUCGCCACUUGAUGGACUCGACUCUGUUUGUCUUUUUGGGAGAUCAUGGUGGGCAUUUUAAGGAUCGAGAUUCCAAAUUUACCACAUUCGGUCAGAAAUACGAAGAAGCUUUUGACGUUGGCGUUACGUUUCACAGUCGCAAUCCGCGGAUCCAGGGGCUGUUGCAAAAAGCACAGGUAUUUGUGAGCGGCAAUUGGUCUUCGCUCGACAUUGCCCCAACUCUGCUUGAAAUACUAUUUGGAAGAGCGGUAGACCCAAUGCGGGUAGUAUCAGAGAAAGGAUUAAAAAACAGUCCAUAUUCCAAGUACUUUGACAGUCGCGCGAGCGCAAGCUGGGUCGACGGUCGGUCCAUGCUACGAGAAUCAGGAUCCCGACUACGAUUGAGUGUAGGCAACCCUGGAGAAAGCUUGAUACUCCGAGACAUGUGUUUUUUGCUGGUGUUUCCUCUAAAGAAAGACGACCAAUCUCAUCCUGAAGCGUUCAACAUUUGUGCGGACCCGGGUCAGCAUCAACCGUUGCAGCUUCUGCCGGUAUCGUCGCUUUCGAAACCAAAGUCAAAACUCGAAAAAUGGGGCCAAAAAGCCAUGAUGUUCUGCCUACAAGUCAAAUUAGAUUUAGUGCGUGCUCAUGAAACGGGUAUGCGUUGCCAAGAUUGUGCACUCGAAAAGUUGGUGACUUUGGAGACUUUGGAGAGUUGGUCUACCACUGUUGAGAGGGCAAACCUCUCUGAUGCUAGUGCUGUGUGAGCAUGGAGACAAGUGUAUUUACUGUUUCGGAUAGUCUGACCGUGAAUACUAUUAUUUUGACAUUCUACCGAAAGCAUAUCAUAAAGACGCGCAAUGGACUAUGAGACAGAAAAGAAACGCUCUUGCUUCUUAUUUCCAAGGACAACCGACUGCUACCCAACCAUAGAGGAAAGCUUAUUAACAAUACUUUGUGACGUC